CAUAUUUUCAAAUGUCAAUGAAGACACACAAAAAAUACAAACAAACAAAUGUUACGUUCCAGAUAGUCCAUGUGCAUUUUAUCGCUUAUUUCUUUUGUUUAUGAUUUCUAUUUUUAUUCGGGUAAGCCAUAUUUAAUCUUUAAUGUACAUCUAGCGUACAUAGCCUACAGUCAGUAUCUCAACCACGGGUCAACCGAGUCUUGAUGAUAUCAGUUGUGUAGAGUUAUCUGUUGGUUGAGGCACAAAAAUGGUUGAACCCUAUUUGUUGUCUGCAAAUGGUAAUUCAACGACUGCUCAACCGUCACAAUUAUGGCCAAAUGAAUACCCAUAUUCCGCAACAACACCAAAUCACAACAUAAAACAUCAAUUAUUUGAUAGUGACGAUGGUGAUGAUGACGUUCAAUUUGUUAGCGAAGUUAUCCCUGCUCCUGGUCGUCCAAUAACUACGGUGGAUUUGAGUAAAUCUAUUUUCGAUGUUCAAAAAGAUGAUUUCGAUGUCUAUUUGAACGGAAUUACUCAGCCCAACAAUGCCGCUCAGGCAAAAUACCAAACCAAACCUCAUACAAUUACAGCUGGUCAAACGUCACCACGGCCUGUAUUCGAUUUUGCCAAGGAAAAUAGCCGUUUCGAUGCUCACCGCAUAGCCUUACCUCAUCUGAUCCCACAGACGUUACCACAAAUUAAUGUAGCUAAUUUUGCCAAAGAAAAGGUGAUGGGCAGCAAUGACUAUGGUGCAAAUACUUCAAAUGAUUUGUUGGAUUUAUUUGGAUAUGAUGCUGUAGAUUGGGUGGAAGACCCGGAUGUCAUAAAUCAGGUUUUUGGUAGUGGGCACACCGAACAAUUACCGAAAACAAUAGUACCAACGGCAACUUCAACUGCAACAUCAGAUGAUGUGGUGGAAUGGGAAAACAUAUUCGGAGUGAUGCAACAAAAUCAACCAGGACCGAGUGGAAUAACCGCUCAUCAACCACGACAAGUUUUCACAAAUGUAGGAGGAACAUUUGAGUACGGUCGCCGAAUAAUUGCACCAGCCACAUCUAACAGUACACAGGUAACUCUAAACGGUACACCGAUUGGGAAAAACGAUCAACAGAAUGGAUCGGGACCGAAUGCAGCUAGAUUUAAUUGGCCAUUGCUAUCUCAAACGAACGAAGUUAACAACAUCUACCAACAAAAUAAACCGGGACCGAGCGGAAUUACUCCUCGACAGCCAGUAGAUUUGGGAGGGUACCGACGAUUGUUAACUCCAAACGUUCAACAAAAUCAACCGGGACCGAGCGGAAUAACUCCUCGACAGCCAGUAGAUUUGGGAGGAUACCGCCAAUUGUUAACUAUAAACGAUCAACACAAUCAACCGGGACCGAGUUCAGCUGAUCCAGAUUGGAUUGUACCACUGUUUGCUAAACCCAAUUUGAUUGAACCGUUACUACCUCAAACGAACAAAGUCAACGUAAAUGCAGCCAGCAUCUAUCAACAAAAUCCGCUGGGACCGAAUGGAACAACGCAACGACAAGUUAAUGGUUCGUUGACAAACGGUACGUCGAUUUUGAAAAGCAUAAAACGUAAGCACACCGCUACGAUUCCAAUUAAAAUCGUUCGAAGCACCAAGCAAUAUGAGACGUUGGUUGAAAUGGGCUUUCCUAAGAAGGAUAUCGAAAUUGCGUUACGUAAAUGUAAUUUGGAUCUGAACGAAACCAUUGAGUAUUUAAGUGAACCGAAACAUGCGGCAAAAAAACAGAGAAUAGACCUCAACGACCUUUACCGAUUCGAUCAGGACUAUCUAAAUGCGAUUCAUCAAUCACUUCAAGAGCCAAAUAACGAUCAAUCUCACGAGCAGCCACAUAAAGUUGACACCAAACCCGUUAAAAAACCAGCUAAUUUGUACGAAGAGCUGCUGCAACUAGAAGCGACUGGUGGCAUUGUCAAAAGCAUCGAAUCAUUUGAUUGUGAAAUUUGUAUGGACACGAUUGACAUGAAGGAUGGGAUUAUAUUGAGAAAUUGCCUGCAUCGCUACUGCAAAGAUUGUCUCAAUGGUACGAUUGUUCACAGUGAUGAAGUUUCCAUUAAGUGUCCGUACGUUAGCUGCGAAGAAAUGGUACAAGAUCGUGAAAUACGUGCCGUUUUGUCGCAAGACGAAUAUGAGAAAUUUUUGAUGAAAGGGGUUCGAGUGGCACAGGUUACAAUUUCGGGUACAAUUCUAUGCAACUUCCCCGAUUGCAAUGGUUGGUGUAUAUGCGAGGAUGUGGUCAAUGAAUUCAAAUGUCCACAGUGCAAGAAUGUUAAUUGCAUACCGUGCAAAGCAAUUCAUCCGGAACGAAAUUGUCGAGAAUAUCAAGAUGACCUAGCGGCUGGUGACGCUAAUGGAAUUAUAAGUGGACAGAGACGCAGCGAGCAAGCAAUCAAAGAUUUAAUAAACCGAAAUGAGGCGAUGAAAUGCUUCAGUUGCGGGAUUUUGAUAAUGAAACGUGAUGGCUGCGAUUACAUUCAAUGUGCAAUGUGCAAAGCUGGCAUUUGUUGGGCUACAAGAGGGCCUAGAUAUGGACCUGGUGGAGUGGGAGAUUUAUCUGGAGGUUGUCAAUGUAGCCUGAAAAAGAAAUGCCAUAAAGAUUGUCGCGGUUGUCAUUAAGUGUUGUAAAGAAUAUAAUUUUCGUUACUAGCAAACUUUCAAUAAAAUUUAAUACGUGUACGACGUCAUUGCGUUGAAAUACAAUGAAGUUA